AUGCCAGAAACGAAGGAUCUUGUGGAGAAAAUUGAAGUGGACCUGUCUCAAUUAUUUGUCGGGAUCACUUGUGAGGAGGAGCCAUCAGAGAAUGCAGAAUUUUUGUCAAUUACCGAAGGAGCUAUUCAGAAUUGGACUGCUGAUUAUCUUCCAUCUCGAAGGGAAUUUCGAUGGCCACAAAUAAAACCCUCUGACCCUUUGGAUGUCACCAUUUUGGAAUUCGAUGGCUGCAAUCUCGAUAUCUCUCAUGAACUUGAAAUCAUGCAAUCUGAAAUUCAAAAUGAGAGCGAUACUGAGGAAGAAUUUGAAUCCAUUUCAAGAGAUUUAAAACAGUAUGAAGAGAAACCCAAACUCAACUUAGAAGAAACAGAAAUCAUCAAUAUUGGCACUAAGACGAAAGUUAAAGAAGUUAAAGUCAGUAUUCAUUUGAAUAAGAAACAUAAGGAGGAAAUGAUUGAAUUUUUAAUGCUAUUUCAAGAUGUGUUUGCAUGGUUAUAUGAUGAUAUGCCAGGGAUCUUUACAGACAUAGUGGUUCACAGGUUGCCAACUGAUCCAAAUUUUUUACCUGUGAAGCAGAAGCCUCUGCCUAAGAAAUCUGGGGAGGUGCGAGUAUGUGUUGAUUAUAGAGAUCUGAAUAAGGCCUGUCCGAAAGAUGAUUUUUCUUUGCCAAAUAUUCAUAUUCUUUUGGACAACACUGCUGCACAUGAGAUUGAAUCUUUUGGUGACUAUUUUGCUGGAUAUCAUCAAAUCUUAAUGGCAGAAAAAGACAGAGAGAAAACUUUUUUCAUCACCUCAUGGGGAACAUUUUGUUAUCGAGUGAUGCCUUUCGGAUUGAAGAAUGUUGGAGCUACUUAUCAGAGGACCAUGACUACCCUGUUCCAUGACAUGAUUCACAAAGAGAUGGAGGUUUAUGUAAAUGAUAUCAUAAUUAAAUCAAAGAGAGUCGAGGACCUAAAGAAACUGUUUGAAAGGUUGAGAAGAUAUAAUUUGAAGUUGAACCCUGCGAAAUGUGCUUUUGGAGCUCCAGUUGGUAAAUUAUUAGGCUUUAUUGUCAGCAAAAAGGGUAUAGAAAUAGAUCCUGCGAAAAUAAAGGCAAUUCGAGAUAUGUCCAUUCCAAAAACUCAAAAAGAUGUGAAAAGUUUUCUUGGAAAGAUCAAUUUCAUUGGCCGGUUUAUUGCGCAGUUAACUUCUACCAGUGAGCCUUUGUUCAAAUUGUUGAAAAGGGAUGCGCCUAUGGAUUGGAAUGAAAAUUGUCAGCAAGCUUUUGAUAAGAUCAAAAAUUAUUUGUUAAAUCCUCCGGUCUUAAUGCCACCUCAGCCAGGAAGACCUCUGAUUAUGUAUUUGUCUGUUCUUGAUGAGGCUGUUGGAUGCGUUUUGGGACAGCAUGACGGGUCUGGGAGAAAGGAACAAGCCAUCUACUAUCUGAGUAAGAAAUUUACAGCAUAUGAGACCAACUAUUCUUUCCUUGAGAGAAGUUGUUGUGCUUUAGUAUGGGCAGCUCAGAAGUUGAGACAUUAUUUGCUCGGUUAUACCACUUACCUGAUUUCGUGUUCUGAUCCUCUACAAUACCUGUUGGAAAAGUCGAUACCCACGGGACAUAUGGCUAAGUGGCAAAUGAUCCUUUCCGAGUUCGAUAUUGUCUUCACAACACAAAAGACAGUCAAGGGUCAAGCCAUAGCAGAUCAUUUGGCAAAAAAUCCAAGAGAUGAUGAUUACCAGCCAUUGCAUACUUACUUUCCUGAUGAAGAAAUUCUGUUCGUUGGAGCAAUUGAGGACAUGAGUGAGCAGUAUCUUGGAUGGAGGUUAUUUUUCGAUGGUGCGUCACAUUCUUUUGGAGCUGGAAUUGGAGCAGUUUUAGUAUCGCCUGAAGGGAAACACUAUCCUGCUACUACCAAAUUACGGUUUCCUUGCACCAACAAUAUGGCUGAGUAUGAAACUUAUUUUUUUGGAUUGAAAAUGGCAUUGGACAUGGAAAUCAAGGACCUGAUAGCAUUCAGUGAUUCUGAUUUACUUGUGCACCAGACGCUUAAGCAGUGGGUAACUCGUGAUUCAAAAAUUAUACUGUAUCAUUGUAAUUUGCUUAGCUUGGCCAACAAAUUCAGAAAUUUGGAACUCAGACAUAUUCCCCGCACUCAUAACGCUUUUGCUGAUUCUUUAGCUACUCUGUCUUCGAUGAUCCAACAUCCAGAUGAACUGGUGAUUGAACCUAGACAGAUUCAACUUCAGAAUAGGCCAGCGCAUUGCCUGGUUACGGAAAGGGUCUCUGAUGGUUGCUCCUGGUACAAUGAUGUUAAGAAAUUCAUGAAAACGGGAUCCUACCCUCCUGAUGCUGAUUCCAUUGUAAAAGGUUUCAUACGCAGAAUGUCAUCAAGAUUCUUCUUGAAUGGAGAAGUGUUAUAUAGGAAAACAUCUGAUUUGGACCUUCUAAGAUGCAUCAAUGAAGAUGAAACCGAUUAUAUGAUGAAAGAAGUGCAUAGUGGGGUUUGUGGGUCACACAUGAAUGGGCAUCUUCUGGCCAAGAAGAUCAUGAGAUCAGGGUAUUUUUGGCUUACUAUGGAGCAUGACUGUAUAGAUUUUGUCAGAAAGUGUGUCAAAUGUCAGAUGCAUGGUGAUGUUAUACGUGCUCCUCCUACAGAAUUGCAUAGUAUAACUAUUCCAUGGCUAUGUUCGAUCUGGGGAAUGGAUGUUGAGACCGUGUCCUAUAAGCAUGUGAUUAAGAAAGUGGUGUCGAAUUUCUUGAGAAAUAACAUCAUCUGUCAUUUUGGGGUACCAGAGACAUUGAUCACCGACAAUGCCAAGAACCUCAAUAAUGAUAUGGUGGAUGGAUUAUGUGAACAGUUCAAAGUCAGGCAUCGAAAUUCUGCCAUUUACAGGCCUCAGAUGAAUGGAGCCGUUGAAGUCGCAAAUAAGAAUUUGAAGAAAAUCAUUCGUAAGAUGACUGAAGCACACCGGAAUUGGCAUGAGAAACUGCCUUAUGCCCUGAUGGCGUACAGAACUACCAUCAGAACUUCUACCGGAGCGACUCCUUACUCUUUUAUGUAUGGAAUGGAAGCAGUAUUGCCUGCAGAAGUUGAAAUUCCUUCCUUACGCAUUUGA